AUGUCACUACAUACAUUACUUAGUUUUUCGGCUCAGGCAUUGCAAGUUCAGUCCCUAUGGGGUGGUCUAAGUCUUAGAGAUACAGAGCCAAAUGGUCAUGUAUUUGCUAAGCUUUGGUCCUUCUUUCCGUUCUCCCAAACUCUUCAUGAAUCUCUUGGUCCUAGUAUCGAAAGAUUAUUUUCCCCUCCUUGA